CUUGUUAUGCUGAUAUCACUAUUGCAUGAUUUUGGUGUUGAACUUUACAUGCUCUCUAAAGUAUCAAACUUCGAUAUUUCUCCACCCACUCUGACUCAUAUAUAUACGGAGUAGAAUAAAUAAACUCCGAAACAACGUUAGCCUCAUCCGGUUUACGCGGUUAGGAAAGGGGAUUGACAGGUACAGUAACUAAAACCCAUAAAAACAUAAUACAGUCCUCUGUUUUCGGCGUUUAAACUGAAAAAAACCACCACCUCUAACUCCACCAUCAGGGCGGCGCAUCCAGCUCAAAUAACAGGAAAACAGCCCCUGUCACAUAGUGGAGCAAAGAAUUGCUCAAUGGCCUCAUCGUCAUUGUCAGUUUUACAUUACAGACAACCGGAGCGUAAAAGUGUUACAAGGUACUAUCAAAUGCCGCCUGAAGUUCAUGAGUAUGUGAUUGAGAUGGGAACUGGUGAUCAGCAGGGACUGGGGUCAGGUUCCUUAACUGUCGAUCAAUCAAUGCUCAGUAAGCUUGUGAAGGAGAAAAGGAAUGAUGAGGUAGCUAGACUUGGAGGUGUUGAGGGACUAGCAAUUUCUCUCAAAACUGAUUUGCAGCAGGGAAUAGGGGGUGAUGUUGAAGAUAUUUCAUGGAGAACAAAAGCCUUUGGUACCAAUUCUUAUGCUAAGCCACCUAAACAGGGCUUGUUCUCUUUUGUGUGGAAAGAACUCAUUGAUCCAACAAUUCUCAUCCUCUUAGUGUGUGCUGCAAUGUUGCUUGGAUUUGGCAUCAAGGAAUACGGGACUGAAAAUGGCUGGUAUGAUGGUGGAAGCAUACUUGUUGUUGUUUUUGUUGUUGUUUCUGUUUCAGCAGCUAGCAAUUUUAGGCAGAACAAACAGUUAGACAAGCUUUCCAAGAUCAGCAACGACAUCUUGGUUAAAGUUGUGAGAAAUGGAAGCCAGCAAAAGAUUUCAAUCUUUGACAUUGUUGUUGGUGAUGUUGUUUGUUUGUCAAUUGGUGAUCAAGUACCUGCUGAUGGAUUGUUCAUGGAAGGACACUCUUUGCUAGUGAAUGAAUCUAGCAUGACUGGGGUGAAUGAUUUUAUUGAAGUUGAUAAAGAUCAGCACCCCUUCUUGCUUUCAGGCACAAUGGUAGCUGAUGGAUAUGCUAAAAUGAUGGUCACUUCUGUUGGAAUCAACACAACUUGGGGUGAAAUGAUGAGCUCUGUUCAUAGUGAAUCCAUUGAGCAGACACCCCUUCAAGCACGACUGAAGAAGUUCACUCUGUUAACAGGAAUGUUUGGUCUAGUAGUAGGUUGCUUAGUUCUUGCUGCACUGUUGGUACGUUACUUCACUAGGACUACAACAUAUGACAAUGGGAAUAAAGAAUUUAAUGGCAGCAAGACUAAGGCUGAAGAUGUGAUCAAUACCAUUGUGGGAAUAAUAGCUACUGCUGUGACCAUUGUAGUUGUUUCAAUUCCUCAAGGUUUACCCUUGGCGGUGACCCUUACUCUUGCAUACUCAAUGAGAAGACUGAUGGCUGAUCGUGCAUUGGUCAGAAAGCUCUCCGCUUGUGAGAAAAUGGGCUCUGCAGCAACCAUAUGCAUGGAUACACCUGCUCUCUUACUGACUCAGAUGGAAGUAACAAAGUCUGUUAUUGGAGCAGAAUCUAUAGAAGGAAGAAGUUACACUUCAAUUGCGGACAAUGUUCUCCAACUACUGAUCCAAGGGAUCAGUCUCUCAAAAGGUAGUGUUCAUAAGUUGUUCUCAGUUGCUCCAAUGGACGAUGCAAUUCGCUCGUGGGCUGUUAUGAAAUUGAACAUGGAAAUGGACAACAACACACAUGGUCUGUCGAUUCUUGAUGUUGAAGCAUCCUGUCCUGAGAAGAAGAGAAUAGGGAUUUUAGUUGAAAGACAGCAAGAUAAUAGGUCAAUGAUCCAUGUGCACUGGAGAGGGGAUUUUGAGAGAAUCCUGUCAUCAUGCUCACAUUACUAUGAUAACUCUGGACAAGCUAUAGUUCUUGAUGAUCAGCAGAGCGCGAGAUUUCAUCAAACAGCAAAAGAUAUGGCAGUUAGUGGUCUUCGAUGCAUUGCAUUUGCCCAUAAGCACCUUUCAGAAGAGGAGUAUGAGAAUGAAAGAGCACAUCGAAAGGUUCCAGACAAGGAUUUGAUUCUGCUGGGAUUCGUGGCACUGAGAGGUACCUGCCAUCCUGAUGUGAAGCAAGCUGUUGAAAUUUGUCAACUCGCAGGGGUCAACGUCAAAAUGAUUACCGGAGAAAACAUUUCUACAGCAAAAGCCAUAGCCAUCGAAUGUGGAAUACUGUCUCCCACACAACAAGUUAGUGAAGAUGGAUCCAUAGUAACAGGUGAAGAAUUUCGCAGGUACCAAGAAAAUGUAAGAAUGGAGAUAGUUGAAAACAUUAGCGUUAUGGCAAGGUCAUCUCCUUUAGACAAACUUUUAUUGGUGCAAUCCCUUAAACGGAGAGGCCAUGUCGUUGCGUUAACUGGUGAUGGAACAAAUGAUGCACCAGCAUUGAGAGAAGCAGAUAUAGGACUUUCAAUGGGAAUUCAGGGCACUGAAAUGGAAAAGGAGAGCUCAGAUGUUAUCAUCCUGGAUGAUAAUUUUGCUUCUAUUGUCACAGUUGUGAAAUGGGGAAGAUGUGUGUACAACAACAUUCAAAAAUUCAUCCAAUUUCAGUUGACUGUAAAUGUUGCAGCCAUGGCAAUCAACUUUGUGGCAGCUGUUUCAACUGGUGAAAUACCAUUAACACCAGCCCAGUUCCUGUGGGUGAAUCUCAUUAUGGACACCUUGGGGGCUCUUGCCCUAGCUAUUGGAGAUCCGACUGAUGAACUCAUGAACAAGCCACCUAUAGGUCAGUCCGACCCGCUCAUCACCAACAUCAUGUGGAGAAACAUAGUAGGUAUAGCUUCAUAUCAGAUAGCAGUGAUCUUGGCCUUAAAGUUCAAGGGAAAAUCAAUAUUUGGCAACGAUGGAAACAUCAUUGACACACUUAUCUUCACCACUUUUGUCCUCUUGCAAGUGUUCAAUCAGUUCAAUUCAAGGGAGCUCGAGGGGAAGAACAUUUUCAAGGGAAUACACAAGAAUAAACUGUUCCUUGGAAUCACCGGGAUUACCAUAGUUCUCCAAGUAAUAAUGGUUGAAUUGUUGAAUAAAUUUGCACAUACAAAGAGGUUAGAUUGGAAGCAAUGGGGAGCCUGUAUAGGAAUUGCAGCUUUCUCUUGGCUGAUUGGUUGGCUGGUCAAGUUUCUACCAGUUCCGAAGAAGCCAAUCCUCAAUAACCUGAUCAUCUGAAACAGGGGACUCCAACGAAAGCUGUUCAUUUAGAAGUUUGGAUGUAUACUAACACGUAGGAUUCCUAAACCAGGAUUCUCUUUAGAUGUCCAGAUGUUAACUGUUAGGAGGUUUUAGCACUUUGACAUUCAAACAAUCACAGUCAUUCAUGUAUGAUGGGAUUCACCAGACAAUCACAAUCAUCCAUGUACAUCUACAGUGAGCCACACGUGAAUUCCGUCACAUGAACGGCCGUAAUUGUAGUGCUAACAACUUCAUUAGAUGUCUGCUAACAAGUGUGAUAAAUGCUGGACCAGAAUUGAUGUGAAGAAAAAGGCCUAACAAGGAUCAAGAAUCCCCUAAUUGGGAUUAACAAGAGAUGAAAGUCCUUCCAAAUUUGGGCCAUGUUCUUCCACUUUGAAGGGUGAUUAUCUCUUCUGUUUUCUUUCAAUAAGGGGUGUUUUUAUUCUUACAUCAACUGGUGACCACAAUGUAGAGCUCUGUUUAUGUAUCUUCUUCACACUUAAAUUUCUGAAGUUCGGUAGUUUGUGUGGUACUGAUUGCCUGUUUCUUGAGAAUGAUAAUCAUCAUGCUUGAGUUUCUAGCUAUA